UGAUGCUUCCACCAUUAAUACCACCUUUCCGUUAUGCUAUCGUCGAAGAAGAAGUGUACCACUUAUUUAACGCGACUGAAUCGAUAAAAUUUUAUAGACUUAAAUUAAAAACAAUGCUUUCUCUAAUUCCCGAUCCGCCAGUUCGCGAACUAUUGGAAUUCUGUCAAUCUCAAAAUAUUCGUAAUAUUCAUCUUCAAGUUGACAAAAAGAAAGAUAAUGAUGCAUCUUUGAUUUAUAGUAAAGCUAUUCAAUCUGUACAAAUAAUCAUAGAUCCAUCAAAUCUACCAAUAUUCAUUCAUUGUUUAGAUGGUGCAAAUGUUACAGGUCUAAUUGUUGCUUGCUUGCGAAAACUACAAAUGUGGAGUAUUCCUUCGUGUAUGGGUGAAUUUCUUAGAUAUCUUCGCGGCGGUGUAAUAUCAUCAGAAGAAAGCGAGUUUAUCGAAAAGUUUGCGGGAGAAAUUGAAAUUCCCAGUACAAUUCCUCACUGGUUAUGGGGCGGACGUGUUACUUCAAAUAAACAUCCAAGAUUAAAACUUAAAUUUUUAGACCCUAGAGUUAUUGAACAACCUGAACAACCAAAGAAAAGUGGAAAAGACAUUGAAGUGAAUAAUCAAGAUGAUUACUGCAAGAGAACCAAUGGCGAAUAUGAUGUAUCAAUGACAUUACAGGCUUUAGCAUUAGAAGGCCUAGAUGAUAUCAAUGAUUGA